AUGGCCGUUCCGGCGCUGGCAGUUGGCGGCGCCAAAGCCUUGCGAAGAACCAGAAAGAAGACACCAUUGAUCGACAUGGACAGAGAGACACGAACCCCCAUUUACUGCCGGGUUCAAAAGUGCGUAGCGCUCGGUGACGGUAACCAGGAAUGUGGGCCAUGGAUAAAGGUUUAUCCCGGAGGUUCGCACACUUUCACGGAUGGGCAGGAUUCUAUCACCAUUACUUUUGGCCAAAAGUGCGAAAAGACGGUCUCGGGCAACACUGAAAACCCGUUGAUCGGUUUUCCGACUGAGAGAGUGUACAGGUCUGAGGACCUUGUUAUGGGAGCGAUUUCGAGGCUGUUUGAGUUCCCGCGGCCCCCAAAUUAUCAUUAA